AGAUAUGUCGAAUGAUAAAGGAUCAUUGGAAUGUCUUCCAAUUUAUUCAUUUCUCUUUCCGAAUGAAAAAGGCUCUAGCUUAUAUAACGCUUAUGACCGAAGUGAGGUAGAGGAUAAAUUAGUUAUCAAAAUCAACCAAGAUGGUGAUCAUGCUCCCAAAUUUUCUCCUUUAAGAGCUGUGAUUGAUAUCGAUGCAUCAAAAGAAGAUAUGGAAACAGCUAGUAUUAAGGGACAGGAAGUAUUUAUUCGAAUCUGUUGCUCUUUCAUAAGAGCUUUGUAUCGAAUUCUUGACUGUGGUUGGAAAGAUAUUCUCAAAGGAUUAGUAAUUGCUACAUCUUCAGAUCCUAGUAAAUGCAGUUAUCAUAUUUUAUAUGCAUCGGCUCUUCUUAUUGAUCAUCAUGAACUCAAAGCAUUCACAGAAUUAGUAUAUACCUUAACUGGAGAAAAAUUUGGCAAGUUUAUUGAUCAGAAAUUACCUGGUCAUAACUUUAACCUUCGCCUUAUUGGUUCAGCAAAAAAAGGUCGUAUAAAGAAAAUUCUUCAAUUCUCACUAGAUAAUGGGUGGAAUGAACUUGAUCACGCUAAAGUUCAACCACCUACUAGCUUAGGGCUUGAAAAUAUCUGUAGGUCAGGAUGUAUUACAGAAAUUCGCAAAUCUAGUUUGCAAAAGUAUUCUAACUAUCUUAGGGAUUGGACUAUCGAAGAAAAGGAAGAGACGAAAGAAAACUUCAUAUAUUUUAACCGAAAAGUUCCACUAGAAUGUCCACUCUGCAAACGUAUACAUGACAAGGAUCAGAGGUGGUUCGGCCGUGUAUACGCUAGUGGUGAAUUUAUAGUAAAAUGUUUUCGGCAGAAUAGUUAUGAGCAUGGGGAAAUUUUUGAAUGUGACCCAUCUAUUGCAGAAAAAAUUCAGCAAGAAAAUAAAAAAUCUCUGCAAUCCUCUCACAAGAUCAAGGUUCCGGGCUUCCCUAAAGCCUUCGUAAAUUUCCCAUCUUGGGUCAAGUAUAAUGAGUCCCUUUUAGCAACAGAAAUAUAUGAGCAGAGAUAUGUAAGACCAUUACCCAAUGAAGGUGAUAUCUAUAUAGGAUCGCCUUGGGAGACGGGAAAAACAUAUGUUCUAGAGCAUCUUAUUAUAUCUGAUGACAUGAAUUUGCUAGUAUUAUCCACGCGCCACUCUUACUCGAAUGCUGUUACUACAAGACUCAAUCUCAAAUCAUAUUGUGAUAUCGAUGGUAAUAUAAAUCUAUCUGAUCAUAAAAGGGUAGUAUGCCAGAUAGAAAGCUUACAUCGUAUUACCAAUAAUUGUAAAUAUAAUAAAAAAUGCAAAUGUCCUCCAAUCCAAUACGAUUUGUGGCUUGAUGAAAUAGUAUCUAUAAUUGCUCAAGCACAAAGUCGUUUGGUGGGUCAAUCGAUAGAGAAGUUAUAUAAAUUGAUCCAAGAGGCUAGGCGCAUCAUUGUAAUGGAUAAUGAUUUAACUAACCUCAACAUUGAAUGGAUUAAGACCCUUCGUAAAGAUAUACCUCUCUCUAUUAUCCACAAUACUUACCAGCCUCAGAAAGGUAAGACAUUCCGCCUAGCCCCUAAUAAAGAAACAAUAUUAACUGAACUUUGGGACUGGGCCAAGCAUAUGUCUUCAUUACCUUUUGAGAAUAGAACAAGUGUGUCACUUAUUUGCCAUCUUAGAAAAGAUGUGCAAGGAAUUAUUCGCGCCCUUAAGACUGAUUUUCCAGAAUUACGGAUCAAGGAAUACCAUGGCAAGUCUGAUCCAGUGAAAAAGGCUCAUGACUUCAGCAACGUAGAAGAAUCAUGGAAAGAUGUAGACCUAGUUGCUUAUACUAGCACUCUAAAAAUAGGAGUAUCUUGCAUUAAUCCCAAGUUCGAACGAGCGUUCUGCAUCUUUAACAGUUAUAUAGAAACAAAUGCUGGAACAAAUCAGAUGUUAUUUCGCAUGCGGUGUAUUAAGGAUUAUGUGUGUUGUAUUGAGCAAAGAUCAUCUAAUGUUCCUAUCACAGAAAAAGGAUUAUUUCAAUGGUUACUGAAUGCCAAACGCGAAUGUCUCCCCCGAGAACUUCAGAAUAGAGGAAUAUUUCCAGAUAUAGAUUCUAUCAUCCGGAAUAAGAAUGUACCGACUGUUCGAUUGUGGGUGGCCUAUAUGUUAGAAAAAUUCCGUUCUCAGCGCUUAUUUGGUUGGAGGAUGGUUGAUUUUCUCCGAAAUGCGGGUAUGAUAAUUUCUGUCAUAGAACUCAUUCCUAAACCUGAAGAUACUAUGAUGUCAUUAUCCCAAACAGUGAAGGCAAGUUCCUCUACUAUUAAAGCAGAGGAGAUAGCAGAU